AUCAAAGAGUCGCUCUCGUGUACUUUUGAUACAUUGCUAUUUUUAUUAUUCUAAUUUUUUUUUCUUGCUCCACACAAAUCAGUUUAUUUAUUUAUUUAUUUAUUUAUUGUGUGUGUGUGUGCGGCGCGCAUGCAGCAUCACUGGAGCAUCUCUGAUGGAAGUCGGAACCUGGAGAACCUGAAGAACCUUCUCCACCCAAAUCCAACCGGGAUCUUAUUUAAUAGAAAUAAAUAAAUAAAAACAAGGAAAGAAAGACAUCAGCGACUGGGAUCGGCUGCAGUACAACAGAGUAACACAAUUGAAGAGGUGUGUGUGUGUGUGUGUGUGUGUGUGUGAGAGAGAGAGAGAGAGACCAGGUUUUAAGCGUAAAGGGAAAUGAAUGCCGGAUUGUGCAACAUGAGAAGAUAAACUUCAGACGCAUCUGGUUAUUUUUUUAAUGGAUUCCAGAGAAGAUAUGUCGGAUUAAAAGCCCACACCAGGCCACCUUUUUCUUGUCUUUUUUUCCCCCCCUUCUUGUGUCCCUUUUCUGUCCUGUCUCCCGAGUGAUGCUUGCUGAAUGGGCUGCUCUGUCGGAUGCUGUAGCAGUGCCUCACUCAUCCUGAUGCAACCUGGUGCCUGGGACUACACCGCGCGUUGUGAUGCUCCUUCUGCAUGCCCAGUCUGAUACCGAGUCUCGUUCCUGCGCGUUACUAGAAUGGCCCGUUUCGAAGACGACCUGCCGGUCCGGUAUGGAGGCGGCUCUCCGUCGGGUGCGGGCCGAGGGCCGAGCCGGCAGCAGGGCCCCCCGGGCGCCCACAGGAUCUAUAAGCAGACCAUGGCUCAGCGAGCCCGCACCAUGGCCAUCUACAACCCCAUCCCUGUCAAACAGAACUGCCUCACCGUCAACCGCUCUCUCUUCAUCUUCAGCGAGGAUAACGUGAUUCGGAAGUACGCCAAGAGAGUCACGGAGUGGCCUCCAUUUGAGUAUAUGAUCCUCGCCACCAUCAUAGCCAACUGUAUUGUCCUGGCCUUGGAGCAGCAUUUACCUGCAGAAGAUAAAACCCCGAUGUCUGAGCGACUGGAUGACACAGAGCCCUACUUUAUUGGCAUAUUUUGCUUUGAGGCUGGGAUUAAGAUCAUCGCGCUUGGCUUUGCGUUUCAUAAAGACUCCUACCUCCGUAACGGCUGGAACGUAAUGGAUUUCGUCGUAGUGCUGACAGGGAUUCUGACUACCGUUGGGGCAGAUUUCGAUUUGCGGACGCUCAGGGCAGUACGAGUUCUACGGCCGCUUAAGCUGGUGUCUGGAAUUCCCAGUCUUCAGGUGGUUCUGAAGUCCAUCAUGAAAGCCAUGGUGCCUCUGCUGCAGAUCGGCCUGCUUCUGUUCUUUGCCAUCCUCAUGUUUGCCAUCAUUGGCCUGGACUUCUACAUGGGCAAGUUCCACCGUGCUUGCUUCAGAGAUGACACCAAUGAGCAGGUGGCCGAGUUCCCCUGUGGACUGGAUUAUCCAGCGCGCACAUGUGAAAACGGCACCACCUGUCGAGAGUACUGGCCCGGCCCCAACUUUGGCAUCACCAACUUUGACAACAUCCUCUUCGCCGUGCUCACCGUCUUCCAAUGCAUCACCAUGGAGGGCUGGGUGGAAAUCCUUUACAAUGCCAACGAUGCCUCAGGGAACAUCUGGAACUGGCUGUACUUCAUCCCCCUCAUCAUCAUCGGUUCCUUCUUCAUGCUUAACCUGGUUCUGGGAGUGCUGUCAGGAGAGUUCGCUAAGGAGCGCGAGCGUGUGGAAAAGAGGCAGGAGUUCCUAAAGCUGCGAAGACAGCAGCAGAUUGAGCGAGAGCUCACCGGCUACCUGGAAUGGAUCUGCAAAGCAGAGGAAGUCAUGCUUGCUGAGGAGGACAAAAAUGCUGAGGAGAAGUCUCCACUGGAUGGGGCCUGGUACAAGAGGAAAUGCAACAACCCAGUUCUGAAAAGAUCCAAGAAGAGCAAAAACGACCUCAUCAAUGCAGAAGAAGGGGAGGAUCAUUUCACGGAUAUCUCAUCAGUUGCACCCCAGGGCUCGCCGUUUGCUCGGGCAAGCGUAAAAAGCAGCAAGAACGAAAGCUCCUCGUAUUUACGGCGGAAAGAAAAACGAGUGCGCUUCUUCAUACGGCGCAUGGUGAAGUCUCAGGGCUUCUACUGGACCGUGCUGUGCCUGGUGGGUCUGAACACGCUGUGUGUGGCUAUAGUGCACUACGACCAGCCCGAGUGGCUCACCUACGCUCUCUAUCUGGCAGAGUUCGUAUUCCUGGGCCUUUUCCUGAUUGAGAUGAGUCUGAAGAUGUACGGCCUCGGCCCUCGGAGCUACUUCCACUCUUCCUUCAACUGUUUCGACUUUGGCGUGAUUGUAGGGAGUAUUUUCGAGGUGAUAUGGGCGGCAGUUAAACCCGGGGCGUCUUUCGGCAUCAGCGUGUUACGAGCUCUGCGGCUGCUGAGGAUCUUCAAGGUUACAAAGUAUUGGAACUCUUUGAGGAACCUGGUGGUGUCUCUGCUCAACUCUAUGAAGUCUAUCAUCAGCCUGUUGUUCCUCCUGUUUCUCUUCAUCGUGGUGUUCGCUCUGCUCGGAAUGCAGCUUUUUGGGGGGCAGUUCAAUUUUGAAGACGAGACCCCAACAACAAAUUUUGACACGUUCCCAGCAGCAAUUCUGACUGUGUUCCAGAUUCUGACCGGAGAGGACUGGAAUGCAGUGAUGUAUCAUGGGAUCGAAUCCCAAGGAGGAGUUGGCAGUGGCAUGUUCUCCUCCGUCUACUUUAUCGUCCUCACGCUAUUCGGAAACUACACUCUUCUUAAUGUCUUCCUGGCUAUUGCUGUUGACAACCUUGCCAAUGCACAGGAACUCACUAAGGAUGAAGAGGAACAAGAGGAGGCCAUCAGUAAGAAACUGGCACUCCAAAAGGCUAAAGAGGUGAAGGAAGUCAGCCCCAUGUCAGCUGCUAGCAUUUCUCUCGCAGCGAAUUAUGUCUGCUCCCCCGCCCAUCACUACUUGAGCCAAGAGCAGAGGCGCUCACUGAAGAUGAUGUCCGUAUGGGAGCAGCGCACUACACAGAUCCGUAAGCACAUGUUGGCCAGCAGCGAGGCCCUGUACCACGAGGAGCUCAACACCCGCCUGAGCUCCAGCCAGCACCUACGCCCUGACAUCACCACCCACCUGGACCGGCCACUGGUGGUGGAGCCGCGAUGCGACUGGGACAAACCCAGGGACUUGAGAGUCGAAGCAGGCACACCUGAGGACUCUAACCCACAAGUACCCCCUGACCCCCUUGCCAUGGAGCCUCCUCAAUCCCAGCCCCCACGUAAACACCAUCAUCGGAGACGCGAGCGAACUUCCAACGACGCUCAAGAAAAUGGCGAAACGGGAGCCUCGCGCCACCACGUACACCACAGCCGUAGCAAAGAGACUGAGGGAACACGGGCUAAAGAUGGCAAGAGUGAGCGCAGCCAUAGCCGCGAUGCUAGGGGAGAACACAGGCACCACCGGUCACAUAGGGCAGGACGUGAGGGCAAUGGCGUGGUCAGCGCCAAGAGCGAGAGACGCUCGCACCACAGAGAAGGGUCACGUUCGGGAAGGGGGGACGGAGAGAGGAGCUCACGAGGGGAGGAAGGGGGCAACGGGGGCAACGGGGGCAGGAGGAGGCACCGGCAGAGGGCUGGCAAGGCACAGUGCGGGGUAGAGGACGGGGAGCAGAGGGAGAACGGAGAGCGAGAAGAGGGCAAGCCUCCAGGACACAGACAAACUGAAAUGGGUGGAGAAAUGCUGCCUGCAAGUUCUCAGCAGCUCGUAAUGGGGAGCCGGUGGGGUUUGGAUAAACCGGAAGAUUCGGAUAACCAGCGAAAUGUGAGCCGCACAGGAGGCCUGGGGGUCCACAUCCCCGUCACCAUCACCUCUCCACCUGGAGAGACCACUCUCAUAGCCAUGAACAGUAUAGACAGCGAGACAGUGCCCAUGACUGAGAAGAACCUGGACGAGGUGAACCAGAGCGGUCCACGCCCUAUCCUUCCUUACAGCUCCAUGUUCAUCUUCAGCCCGACUAACCCGGUGAGGCGUUUGUGCCACUACAUAGUCAAUCUACGUUACUUUGAGAUGUGUAUCCUGAUGGUCAUAGCCAUGAGCAGCAUUGCACUGGCUGCAGAAGACCCGGUUAACGCCAACGCUGUGCGAAACUAUGUGCUGAAGUAUUUGGACUACGUCUUCACCGGGGUGUUCACAUUUGAGAUGGUAAUUAAGAUGGUGGAUUUGGGCUUGUUGCUGCAUCCGGGCGCGUACUUCAGAGAUUUGUGGAAUAUUCUCGACUUUAUUGUGGUCAGUGGAGCUCUGGUGGCAUUCGCAUUCACAGGGACCAAAGGCAAAGACAUCAGUACCAUCAAGUCCCUCAGGGUGUUACGAGUCCUGCGGCCCCUGAAGACCAUCAAACGCUUGCCGAAACUCAAGGCCGUGUUCGACUGCGUGGUGAACUCCCUGAAGAACGUGCUGAAUAUCCUCAUCGUCUACAUCCUCUUCAUGUUCAUCUUCGCUGUCAUAGCUGUGCAGCUUUUCAAGGGCAAAUUCUUCUACUGCACAGACGAGUCCAAAGGACUGGAAAGGGACUGCAGAGGGCAGUUUUUGGAGUAUGAUAAGCAUGAGGUCUCGGCCCAGCCCAGGGAAUGGAAGAAAUACGACUUUCACUAUGAUAACGUGCUGUGGGCCUUUCUUACACUCUUCACUGUGUCCACAGGAGAGGGCUGGCCUACUGUUCUGAAGCACUCCGUAGACGCCACCUUCGAGGACCAGGGUCCCAGUCCUGGCUACCGCAUCGAGAUAUCAAUCUUCUACGUAGUCUACUUUGUCGUCUUCCCUUUCUUUUUUGUCAACAUCUUCGUGGCCUUGAUUAUUAUCACCUUCCAGGAGCAGGGGGACAAAGCCUUGUCGGAGUGUAGUCUGGAGAAAAAUGAGAGAGCGUGUAUCGACUUUGCCAUCAACGCCAAACCGCUGACACGCUACAUGCCCCAGAACCAGCAGUCUUUCCAGUACCGGAUGUGGAAGUUUGUCGUUUCUCCGCCAUUCGAGUACUCCAUCAUGAUCAUGAUCGCCCUCAAUACCGUUGUCCUCAUGAUGAAGUACUACGAUGCUCCAAACGCUUAUGAAGCAAUGCUGAAGUAUCUCAACAUCGUCUUUACUGCACUUUUUUCGAUGGAGUGCAUUUUGAAGAUCAUUGCUUUUGGCCCUUUAAACUACCUGAAGGAUGCAUGGAAUGUGUUUGACUUUGUGACAGUGCUCGGGAGCAUUACGGAUAUCCUGGUCACUGAGUUCAAUGACCGUCUGUUGAACCUGAGCUUCCUGAGGCUGUUCCGAGCCGCCCGUCUUAUUAAGCUCCUUCGGCAGGGUUACACCAUCCGCAUCCUGCUUUGGACUUUCGUGCAGUCCUUCAAGGCUCUGCCUUAUGUCUGCCUUCUGAUCGCUAUGCUGUUCUUCAUUUAUGCCAUUAUAGGAAUGCAGGUCUUCGGAAACAUCGAUCUGAAUGAGGACACGGCCAUCAACCACCAUAACAACUUCCAAACUUUUCUGCAAGCUCUUAUGCUGCUCUUCAGGAGCGCUACGGGAGAAGCCUGGCACGAGAUCAUGCUGUCGUGUCUGAGUCACCGUGCGUGUGAUCCCAACUCCGGCACGCCGGGAAACGAGUGCGGCAGCGACUUCGCCUACUUUUACUUUGUCUCCUUCAUCUUCCUUUGCUCCUUCCUGAUGCUGAACCUCUUUGUGGCUGUAAUCAUGGAUAAUUUUGAGUACCUGACUCGGGACUCCUCCAUCCUCGGCCCGCACCACCUGGAUGAGUUUAUCCGCGUGUGGGCUGAGUACGACCCGGCGGCAUGUGGCCGUAUCAAGUACCGCGAUAUGUAUGAGAUGCUGCUCCACAUGUGCCCACCUUUAGGUUUGGGAAAGAAAUGUCCGCCACGAAUCGCCUACAAGCGUCUGGUGAAGAUGAACAUGCCCAUCGCCGAUGACAACACCGUCCACUUCACCUCUACGCUCAUGGCUCUCAUCCGGACUGCGCUGGAGAUCAAACUGGCCUCAGGAAUCGUGGCCCAGCGUCUGUGUGAUGCCGAGCUGAAGAAGGAACUGGCGACUGUCUGGCCAAACCUGUCUCAGAAGACCAUGGAUCUUCUGGUGACUCCACACAAACCUAAUGAGCUGACGGUUGGGAAGGUGUACGCUGCCCUCAUGAUCUUCGAUUACUACAAACAGAACAGAGCCAAGAAAAUCCAGAUGCAGCAGCAGCAGGCCAAAGAGCAGCCAGCACCACAGAACAAUGUAGGUGCUCUCCUGGAGCCCAUUCUCGGCCCUAUGCAGGAGAAGAGCAGGAGCAUGAUGGAAUGUCCGUCAGAUUUCCUGCCUUCCAUCAGACCCAGCUCUACCACACUAAACAACGGACACACACCCCACGACAACACCAUUAAAGGCUCCUCGUCUUGGGCUUCAGAGAAAACCAAAGAGGUCCCGAGGUCAAGGAAACGACCCAUCCUGAGGGGCCAGUCAGAGGACAUCUCAAACGCAAACACUGCCCAGGUGUCAGUAGAGAUGAGGAAAAUGGAGAACAGUUCCAGCACAGUAGCUCCUGCUGGUUUAGAGGGUUAUGGACGAGCGGUAUCCAUGCCUAAACUCAACGCAGAAAUGCAGAGAAGUCAUUCACGUCACUCUCCAGGAACCUUACUCGCACCCAUUCCUGACUCCCCCUUGAGACGCUCGGUGUCCACGUUUGCCCCGCAGCGUCCCCCGGAGGUUACCUUAAACGAUUACAUUCUGGAGAAGCCCGCACAAGAUCGGCCACAUCACCAUCAUCAUCAUCACCGCUGCCAUCACCGGAGAGACAGAGAGAAGAAACAGAGGUCACUGGAUAGGUCACCUGGUGGACAGCCUAAUAACACGGGAGGCACGGCAGCUGACCCUGCAGGGAACUCCAUGAGUCGAGAAAGAGGGCACGACCGAGGCCGUUCCCACGAAAGGAAACACCAUUCGUCAACAGCGGAGAAGCAGCGUUACUACUCGUGCGAUCGCUACGGCAGCCGCGAGCACUUUCCGGCUAAACCUGCGCCAGCCAGCUGUGCCACCUCGCCCGGAGAGGCUCAGGAGACCACCUUUACCAAGCAGGGCAGUGGUUGGGCUAAAGGGAGCCCGGUGUUGUUGAGUUCGGGUUCGAGCACACCCAGCCGCGGGCGCAGGCAGCUGCCCCAGACGCCCCUGACCCCUCGCCCAGCGGUGGCCUACAGGACUGCCAACUCCUCCCCCGUGUCCUCUGCGGGCGCCCAGAACACCCUCCCUCCCCCGAGUCCCGUAAUGCGCAUCAGCUCCGAGCCGUACCUCCGGCCCCAGACCUCGCUGCUGAGCCCGCAGCAGAUCGUGACCCUCCCGCCGCUGUCCCAGCAUUCCCUGCUCGGGAUGCCCAACGGGUUUCACUUCAUCACGGGCCUGACCACGGGGCCUGGCGGCAGCAGCGACAACGUCCAGCGCUACUACCCCGAAGCAGAGGAGGAAGAAUGGUGCUAGUACGGCUUUAACAGAAACACAUACACACACUCAGAUGUCCACGCACAGAUUUGCUGAUGAUUCGCAGUGUGUUUUUCCUUUUUUUUUUUUUUUUCUUGUAAAAUUUUGAUGAGUUUUAUCAUCUCUUUCACGGGAACAUGUGUAUGUGGGCAUUCUUUCGUUUCGGCAGAGAGGGAACGAGGACCUAAAUCCCCUGACUGCUUUUUGAUGUAUUUUAAUAUCUCAAAUUCUGCCUUUAUGAUGAAGACAUGAUAGAUCUGGAUGUGUAUAUAGGUUUCUGCUUUUAAUUCCCCCCCUGCCUUUGUGAGAGAGGUCACAGUCUGAAUGUUGGACAACCACAACAACCGCAACAACAACACAAGUAAAGGUCUGGGGAAACCGUGUCCUAUAGAGCUCAGCUGCUUCAAAUGCAACGUUUCACUGUCUUCUGGCCAGCUGUCCAGUGAGCUGCAUCUCCAGACGCAAAUUCCCACUAUAUAUAUAUAUAUAUAUAUAUAUAUAUAUAUAUA